CUCUGUGGAUGUCCAAGCCACCAGGGCCUACCUGCGGCUCAAGCGCAGGAUGAAUCAGAAGCGGAGUGGUCACCUGGCUCGAAGGAGGGCCAUCAUCCAGGGCAUCCCUGGCUUCUGGGCACGCGCCAUCCUGAAUCACCCCCAGUUAUCAGCUGUGAUAGGUGACCAGGACACAGACAUGCUCAGCUACAUGACCAAUUUAGAGGUGGAGGAACUGGGUCGUCCCAAGUACCGCUGCAGGUUGAUGUUUUACUUUGGGAGCAACCCCUACUUCCAGAACGACGUGAUCGUUAAGGAGUAUCACCUGAGCAUCGGCGGAUAUAGGGAGACUCGUUGCACUCCAGUCCAGUGGUUCUGGGAUUAUGAACGUUGUGCUGCCAGCCGCAGGCGAGACCUCAGCAGCCUGAACUUCUUCGUCUGGUUGUGUGACCCCAGCUGCCCAGGGUCCAACAGGAUCACCGGGGUGAGGCCCCUGCAGUCUUCGUCAGCAGCAGAGAUGCUGGAGUCCCGGCUGCUGGGGAACAGGGUCGGGGGCCCCGUGCUCAGCUGA